UCAUCUCCUUUUCUUCUUCAAUAGAGAGAUCUCUUGUUCAUCGGCCGACAUCAUAAAAAACAAAACAAAACAAAACUUUGUUUUCGUUUCUCUCUCUUUUCUUCCGACCGAUUUAAACUCACGUCAGUAGCUCGCCUUGAAUCUACGGUCUCACUUUCUCCGUCCAUCACUAAGAAGCUAGGUUAGUGUUUUCAUCUGGCUUGCAAUGGCGGCUACAGAGACGGUUGUUCAUGAUCCGAGAAAACGUUCAAUGGAUGCCAUCCAGCAACGGCUUCAAAAAGAUCAGCUUCGUCAACAGCAGCAACAACAACAAAAGAAUGAGAAAGACAAGAAGAGAGCUUCUGAUGUCUCUUCUAAAGAACCACAUAAACCUCAUUCACUUCCUACUCCUCCUACAAAGAAACCAAUCACAAAAGAUCCCCAGGAUGAUGGUUUUGCUGCGUAUACAAAACUCUCUCAUCCCGUUGAUGAGAAGUUGCUGGCAACCAAUGUUAAGUUGUCUAGUGGAAAGAAAAAUAUAGCUGACAAGGUCUUGCAUACUCUCCUCCGAAGCGGUGACUCUGCUCAAAAGUACUUGCAAGGUAAAAACGAGAAGAAGGUGGAGGAGAACAACUACAUCCUCCUUGAUAAUUUCGUACAGUCACGUUCCUCUUCAUCCUCCUCCGGUUCUAAAAAAGCAUCGCUGGUGAACUCAAAACGUUCUAAAACGCGUAUGUCUAUGAAGCGACUCAAGAAAUCUGGCGCUUUGAAUUUACCUCAACAUCUCCAAAAGUUUGAUUUGUAUAAGCCAAUGCAUGGUAUGUGGGAAAGUUACAUGAUGAAACUCAUCAAGGUGACCGGGAAGGCUCAGUUAACCUCAAGUCUUCUAUCAGCAGAUCUUCAUGGUGCCUUCAUGUUUGUUGCUGAGUGCAAGAUUGAAUCAUUCACUGGUGUACAAGGGAUAAUGAUCCGUGAGACAUCUCAAACAUUUGGAAUAAUCACAAGAGAUGAUAAACUUAGAGUUGUACCAAAGAAGCCUUCUGUCUUCAUCAUCCAACUCGACUGCUGGAAAAUAACAUUACAUGGAGACAAGUUUACUUCAAGAGACAACGUUCUUCAACGUUGAUGAUGCUGAAACGAAGCAUCCUAGUCUCAGCAAGAUUUUUACUUGAAAGCUUUCCUGAUGUACCUAACAUUAGCUACUAUAUAUUAUACUGUUUCAUGUUGAUAUGCUAAUGUUUAUUAGUAGGAAUUUAUAAAACAGAGGAAUCGAUCUUGGUGA